UUUUGCUUAACAUUUGCAGAUAUAUACUUGGAAGACUUUGGUAUGCGUGCCUGAGUGAAGGGAAAUAAACAAGGGAAAGCUUUGAUAAUCUUGAAUAUGGGGUUCAUGAGGGGAAGGAGAAUGUAUGUCAUUUUGAAUAAAGGUUCUUUCUUGUAGUUUAGCCGUCGAGCAUAUACACCAGAAGAUCUAUUUUAUGACCAAGCAGAUCUAGGAACUUGCCGGAGAGGUGGCCCUUCAAAAGGUCCGACAAUGCAUCAAAGCUACACCAAUUAAUCUUGUGCAUCCGACAAUGCAUCAAAGCUACACCAAUUAAUCUUGUGCAUUAAUGGAGACAGCCCCUAAUGAGUUGAAGAUAUCAAGCAAGAUUGGAGAUAGACCAACCAGUGAUGUUGUCGUAAGACUUAGAACACAGGAUGGCCGUGACGAUUGGCUUUACUGCCAUUCAGAUGUUCUCGUUGAAGAGAGCAAAUAUUUUGCUGAUCGGUUAUCAGAUAGUUGGCCGACAUGUCAGAUUCUGGAUUCACGCAAUUGUGUUGAGGUUUACUGUGAAGAACCUGACCUGGACUCCCAUGUCAAUGUCCUUCGACUCUUUUAUGUCAUCGCGGAUGGCUUAAUGACAGAAGUUUGCCAUGGCGUCAAGAACGCACUUGGCAUUUUGCGAGUUGCUGUCAAGCUUGGAUGUCCGAGAAUUAUUGCAGUGUGCGUGGAUUAUUUGGAAGCAGUCCCUUGGGAGGAAGCUGAAGAGGAGGAGAUAUUAAAUACUAUACCAAGCAUGGGAUCUAAGGCGGAACCCGUACUGGCUCGCCUCCAACCAGUCAAUCCUACUGCAGUAAUGAAGAUUUUUCUCGCAACCCUUCAAUUUGCUACGUCAUCGCCUCCUUCACCCUUGCAUGAUCUGAAAAACACUGCUCAAGAACAGCUUGAAUACAUGCUCACCGAGGACGAUGAUGCUCCUUUAGUAACCGCUGAUGAAGAAAUAAAGCUAGAAGUCAUUCGAUGUGUCAAGAAGCUGUUUGUUAGGUUUAACAGCCUCAUAGAAUCUCUAACGUGUGACCUCCAAGAAUCGAUUUCAGAUGCUGGGAAAAUGCAAUCGCUGCAUUCUUGUUUGACAGAUUUGUUAUGGGCAUGUCAGAUAUUAGGAAAGUUGGAGAUUAUCAGAGAUUUCGUUUGCAGCUGGACGGAGUUGUCGGUGAAACUAGUGAAAAUCGUUCAACAAAAAGACGCAGAAAAUCAAAUUCUGAAGACAAAACUGAAGGUUCUUGAGGUGACCGCAAAAGUAUUAGAGGCGGUAGGAUACGGCAUAGUUGUGUUACCUACGGUUAAACGACUUCACAUGGUGAAGCUCUGGCUUCCUUUUGUCCAGACCAUGAAACCUUUAGUCGAUUCAUUCACCGAGGAAACCGAGGAUGAUCUCACAGUAAAAGUCGAUAGCGACAUCUGGCAAUCGUUGGAGUCUGCAUUCGUUGCUAUUAUACUCACACUGCCAUCAGUUGAUCAGACGGACAUUUUAACUGAGUGGUUGGAUAAUCAACAGAUUCGAUAUCCAGACCUCACCGAGGCAUUUGAAGUAUGGUGUUACAGGUCUAAGGUUGCCAAGCGAAGGCUGACAACACUCGCGGAAGAGCACAAUACAGCUAAGGCAGUAUGACUUCUCUUGUACUUUCGCCGAUUCUAGGAUUUAGGUGCUGAAAACUUUCUUUUAUUCUUUUGAAUUAUGACAUAGCGAACUGGUAAGACGUCGUAAAAUGGCCUAGGUUCUGUAAAGUAACUUCUAUUUUUGUAGUUGUUGUUGUUGUUGUAUCAAUCCUUUUCAGCAAUAUUCGGAACUCGAAAAAAACUGGAAUUUUGCUCUGAAACUUUUAUGCUAAGUGAUGAUUGAUGACUUAA